CUUUCCUGCGCUCUAUCGUCGUUUUCGGCGAGUUUAGCACGAGUUAGCGUGAGACUUGCUGGCCCUCCAACUCCGAAACUCCGCCCCGCAUUCACCACCUUCUCUCUGCUACAACACCAACAGCCACGCUCUACAAGAACAAUCAUCACAAUGCCUGGAAACUACGAGCUACUGUGCCUCGAGAACCCGCUUCUGGAUAUCCAGGGCGUUGGUGACCAGGCUCUUCUUGACAAGUAUGGUCUCAAGGCCAACGAUGCCAUCCUCGCGGACCCAGAGAAGCACAUGGGACUGUACGACGACUUGAUCCAGAACUACAAUGCCGUCCUCAUCGCCGGUGGAGCUGCACAGAACACAGCCAGAGGUGCCGCAUACAUUCUCGAGCCCAACUCUGUCAUCUACAUCGGCUGCAUUGGCAAGGACAAAUACGGUGAGACUCUAGAGAAGAUCUCUGCCGAUGCUGGUGUCAAGACCGAGUACCUCUACGACGAGAAGACCCCCACUGGUCGCUGCGGUGCUGUUAUCACCGGCCACAACCGCUCUUUGUGCACCGAUCUCGCUGCUGCCAACAACUACAAGAUCGAGCACCUGAAGCAGGACCACAUCUGGAAGCAGGUUGAGAACGCCAAGGUCUACUAUGUUGGUGGUUUCCACUUGACUGUGUGCGUGCCAGCCAUUAAGGCGCUUGCCGAGGAGGCCGCAGCAAAGGACAAGCAAUUUAUCCUCAACCUCUCUGCCCCCUUCAUCUCACAAUUCUUCAAGGACCCUCUUGAUGAGGUUCUUCCAUACGUCGACAUCCUCAUUGGCAACGAGACCGAGGCUGCCGCAUUCGCCGAGGCCCACGGCUACGAGACCAAGGACGUCAAGGAGAUUGCAAAGAAGAUUGCAAGCCUGCCCAAGAAGAACACCAAGAGACCAAGGACAGUCGUCUUUACUCAAGGCACUGAGCCCACCAUCGCCAUCACCGCAAACGAGGGCGGUGAGCCCGAAGUCAAGGAGGUCGCCGUGCACGCCAUCAGCAACGACAAGAUCAACGACACCAACGGUGCCGGUGAUGCAUUCGCUGGCGGCUUCGUCGCUGGUAUCGUUCAGGGCAAGCCCCUUGAGAAGGCUAUCGACAUGGGACAGUGGCUCGCGAAGCUCAGCAUCCAGGAGCUUGGUCCUUCGUACCCGCAGCCCAAGCAGACUUACAGCGGCUAAGCGUUCGUUUCACAGAAUGUGAGGGCUGAGGCUCGUGUAUUUCAACAACUUACGCGAGAGAGUGUGCCGGUGCAGAUAGAAACCGGCCUGGCUAUGUCCAGACAACCGCACGGUGCGGCAUAUGGGUAUUGGUAUCGUCAUUGCAUCAUGACAAGGUGUUUAUUUGGCGUAGGACAAUAAAAAAGUGACAUUUGGCCUUUCAACAGCCAAAGAUAGAUACCCGCAGCUAUUGAGCUGUUAGAAAAUGAAAUAACGAGGUAGAAU